UGACGCUGCAUCCGCCCGCAUCCCGCCAGAGAACCGCCGCACUGUGAGCGCCGCGCCGUCAGCCCCGCACCAGAAUGGAGUACUCUAUCCGGGCAGCCAACGUGGAGGACUGCAAGGACAUCGCGCGGAUGAUCGUGGAACUGGCUGAACAUGAGAAACUUGCGGACCAUGUGAAAAUCACACAGAGAGACUUGGAGCAGGACGGCUUCUCCAAGAACCCGUUCUUCCACGGGAUCAUCGCUGAGGUGCCAGAACAGCACAAAACCAAAGAAGGCCAUACGAAGAUAGGCUAUGCACUUUACUUCUACUCCUACAGCUCAUCGGUGGGCAGAUCCAUUUAUAUGGAGGACUUAUAUGUGAUGCCUGAGUUCAGAGGGAAGGGCAUUGGUAAAGCACUUAUGAGCAAGGUAGCACAGCUGGGCCUGGCUGCCGGCUGCAACCAGCUCAACUUCACCGUCCUGGACUGGAACAAAUCGUCUCUGGACUUCUACCUCAGCCAGGGUUGUUUCGACGUCACGGCCGACUUGGGCUACCACAAUAUGCGCUGCGAGGGAGAGGCCCUGCAGCAUCUGGCCCAGCCCUGACCCAACACCGGGCUCACGAUGGCAUGGCCUCUGCAAGUAUGAGGUCAACCCACACAGGGCAGGGAUAGAGCAGCACUCAGUGGCCCCGUUCCAAAACUUGACCGUGACAAACGCUUUUCUUAAAAAACAGAUUAUUAAAAUAACUGUUUGUUGAGCACCACGCCCAUUCAGGUAGCGUUAGCUCUUUAAGUCGUCCAUGCUAGCACAGCACAGUGCUAACAGUGGCAGAUUGACCCCCUGAAGUUCUUGGUUAUUUUUCAAACAAUGAGUUUUUACUUUCACGUAGAGAAAAACAGAAGCAGGCUUCUCAUUUUCUUGCUGAUUGAAAUGGCGAUUGAGACAGAAGUUCGGUGGCAUUAGCGUAUUAGCCCAUGCUAACUCACUGAGUUGGCUGAAAAACUCAGUCUACAUCUGGCUUUUUGAUGUUUCCAGCUGACUCGCUUUAAAAUGAGAAUCCUGUAAAAUAUAAUGGAUAAAUCUUUUAAAAGACUGAUGCUAAAGCUACAUGUUCCAGGCAAAAAGUCAGUAUCCUUGAUGAUCCAUGUAGAGGACAAGGAAAUAAAGAGGUAGCAUCAUUUUUCUCUUGCAGUGUAGAGAUAGUUAGCCCUGAUAUUAUAGAACAAUAUGGUAAAUGAAAAUGGAAUUAAAAUGUUAAUUGUGAAGGUGAAAUGGUUUUGAGGACUAUCAUAUAGCUAUGUUGCAUUAUGCUAUCGCUAAAAACUUGCCCAAAUGCAGUAACGAGCAGGACAGGACCACUAACAUUAGCCUAAACUCUGAUAUAGCAGUAUAACAGUCAAUGUUUCAGUCUAAUUGAACUCGUAGGAACAAAAAAAUGUCGCUAGCUAGGUUCAUUUGCUUUGAAAGUAAUGCAGACAAACAGUUAAUGCAUUCCUUAGCAUGUUGUUGUGGUGUUAUUGGUAAGGCUAAAAACCGAAGACUUCCAAACUCUUUUUAUAUGAGGCAUCGCUCUUAUGACAGCCCCACGCACAAAACUUCAACGUGUAGCUGAACUGAUCUGCCUUGCUACGGUUCCAAAAGGGGUUUAACAAACAGUCAGUUGGCUUAUUACUUAGAGUCAAGGGUGCACAUUUUAGUAUUGGAACGGGGCCCAUGCAAUACAUUUAAAUAGUACAUAAUCAAGGCACUGUAAUCUGUGGUUUUGUGUUUUUCCAUGUGAUAUGUUACGAUCCAGAGCACCUUUGAUUUUGGUUUUAAAUGAAUCAGAUAUCCCAACCUUUCUGCUUAAGUGUGAAAAUGUUAGAAUAUAUGGGCAAGGUGUGCGCUUGUGUGUGUGGUGGUGGUGGGGUGUGGGAUUUUUAGACAAGAAAAAGAGGCUGUAACAUAUAAUUUAGCAGUCGAUCAUGCAGAGAUUCAAUCGUUUUGCGCAAAAAUCCAGAAAAAAUGUAUGCAUUGCAAAGCCAAGUUUCAUUGUUUGACUGUUGGAGAAGAGUGGGUCUUUGGUAUCCUACCCCUAUCAUAAACUAUGACAACAGCAACCAAAGAGCCAGUCACCUCUUCCCUUGUCUUCCAGAUGAGGAGUACUUGUGAAGCUGUUGUGAAGCACAAUGUGGGUAUUUGCACUGUUUUCUUCCUUUUAAGCCCAAUUAAUGUAUGUACAAACUUGUUGUGACUAGAUUGUGAAGUAAAGGAAUGUGUUGGACUCAACCUAAACCUACUUCCAUGCCGCCGCACAACAAACUCUUGGGUCUAGUUUCAAAGAAAUGGAUGAAGCCUAGAAUCAGACAAUCCAAAAAAAUAAAUGUCUUGGACCGGGCUCAGUUUGUGUCUCUGAAUCUUUCCUGCUAAAACGAAAAGGUCUGCACUUCGGUUUCAUAUCCAGUCUACUUUUUGUAUCAUAUCCAGCAAUUUAAUGAGAACAGUCUGAGUUGUGGGUUAUAUUUAGUUUGUUUUCUCUCACUCUAAACAAGUAGGAACCACUGACCCUCCUUCGUAGCUUUUGCAAUUUGAAUUUCGUGUCAUUCUUUGUUUACAAAAUAAUUGAGCAAAGAAUGUGGAGUUUUUAUUUUUUUUCAUCUUUGGGACAUUUGGUUCGGGAAAUAUUCACGUCCAGUAUGUUUGCUCCAAUGUGCAAAACCUACAAACUUCAUCAAUGUGGACGAGUACACAGGUUAUACACUGAAUGACGUUGUGAGCCGGUUUCAGUUUGCUCAGGUUUAGGCACCAUAAGGACUUGGUUAGGUUUAGGAUCCAACCUCCACAGCUGAUAAGUGUAGCGAACAUGGAAGUGUCAAAAUGCAGUUCCUCAGAUGACCACUUGAGGCUGGCUCCAAAAGCAAGUCAACCCCCAUAGACCCCCAUAUUAAAAUGCCCGACUUUACAGCAGACAUAAACAUUAUUAUUAUUCAUUAAGAGCUUUCAGCAACCAGGUUUCAUUCGCCCGCCUCAGCUCCACCCACGCUUCACCUCUUUGCCCAUAUUUGGAUUAGCCAGGAGUUUGGCUACAUGUUAGGCCAAGAUGCCGACGGCCAGAGCCACUGUCACUGAGUUUCACAAUGGCUCCCCAGAAACGUCACACAGACGAUGUUUUAUACAUUCUAUGAACACGUCACCUGACUUCAUCCUUUGCUCCUGUCAUAAUUUCUAACAGCAAACAUAACUAUAGGUCAUAAUAAUCUACUCGCACGGACAAGCUGUUUUUCUGGUCAGGACGGGCUGUACAGAGCACACGAGCCCAGAAAUCAAUACAGAGUCCAAGGGAACAUGAAGAGAUAUUUAUAACCUCUCUUGUCUGCAACUUCCCAUCAGAAUGCCAGACCCAGAGCUAUAAAUUAUACAUGUUACUUUGUUCCCAGCAUGGAUUUUGCAAACUGUUUCAGAAUCAAAUCAAAGUUCUACCCUGAUUCCUGUCAAAUCUUUGCAAUAAACGAGACUUUGAGGAGCAGCUUCGCAUGCAAACGACAAGAAAAGAUAAAUGUCUGAAGUGUUUAUUUAGAUUUUUGUUGCGGGAUGUGUGUAUAAUAACUACACAGUGUAACAGUCAGUUUAAGUGGACGAGACAGCCAUGUUGAUGCAUUGGGCUCAUUUCCACAGUGCGGUUUGGUUGUCAGGAACGGCCUAAGUGUGUCACCAUUCACAUGGGGAGAUGUUUCCAGUGUGUUUAGUAUUGGUGUUUGUUUGUUUUCAAAUGCUGCAGGCAGACAUUGAUGUGUUGUGUCAGCAGACGCGUAUGUUUUCAUGCGUUCAUGCGGCCGAUUUUAUCUCUGAGAUGGUUGAAAAUAAAGACGGUCAUGGAAACACUGUGAAUCAAAAAAGUAAACACCACCAAUUUUACUCUCCAUCCAGUUUUUAAAGGGCUUCGUAAGAUCAAAUACAUUCAAUCAACACACACAAAGCGGCAUGUAAUUCCUCAACUGACACAUGAAAAUCAGAAAAAAGAUGGAUCCAUAGGGUUUUUCACAUAACCAGCAAAAUGUUUGAUGCACUGAUUUCACCCGAGUGGCUGCGGAAAAAGCACCUUUCACAGUUUAGUGUCACUUGCUGUGCCAGAAAAGUUAAAAAAUAUCAAAAGCCAUGUCACCUUUCGCCUAAAACCUGCAUGAGAGUUAAGUGUUGGUUUCAUAAAAAUUAUUUUAUACCUCCCAUUCUUAAAAACCAAGAGUGUGAUUUACUGUUUACUUGUCUGAAUGCUCUGUUUAAAGGACACUGAGGAAUAAA